AGCAUUUUCCCAACAACAAAUUUAAAGUGUUUAAUAUUAAAAUGAUUAUAAUACGGAAUAUAUCGGGAGGAAAGCAAUUUAAUUUAUGUUAAAAUAAAUAAAUAUUUUAUACACAUAUAUGAGGCGCUAAAUAAAAAUUCCUAGGGAAUGAAACCAAAUCGAAGCUUUUCGUAGACGCAAUUAUUGCGUAAAUCAAAAUUGAAUAGAAAUAGUAUACAUCUGUAUGUACACUGAAAGAUGUUUUUAAUGAGGGAAAAAAACGUGUUAUAUACUCGGACUUACAUUGAAACAGCAAUAAACCGGAAGAGAAAAGAUAUUACGUUACCACCACUAAGGUAUUAGUCAGAAAAAGCCUAAAAAUAAAUACUGCAUACUUUACAUUAACCGUUUUAGAGUCCCAGAUACGUCUGAUAGUUGCUAUAUUAUUUUCCGUCAGUCUCGUUUACUUGUAUGUAUGGUUAUACAUAUGCGCAUUUUUAAUGCCUCAGUUCGCUACAUUUUAGUGCUUUGCUAAAUAUGUAUGCUUUGCUAAUAUAUGUAUAUGCCAUUUUAAUACCAUAUUAUACAUACAAAUGUAUAUCAUAGGACUCCUUUUAGGCAUACUUUUUCUGCUAGACGUCUGUUUUCAUCCACCAAAUAUUUCACUUUCCUCGUAGCAUCAUUUAUCUCGUCUCACUUCCUACAAAUUCACGCACAGUGUUUUGCUUUGUUACGUACAAUAUUUAUCGGUGUUCUAUGAUUUCUCAGAUGUUUUAUCCUGCUUUACUAUACAUAUGCUUUCAUCCCAAAUGUUCGUAUGUAGUAUUACUUAGUGAUGCUGCCAUUGCUGCGUUUUGUCGAUUCGAUUUUUCCCACCAGCAUAGCAGUUGAAUUGCUAGCCGGUCACAUAUUCAAGGCACCCCAAAAAGAGACAACAACCCUCAAUGAUGAGAGACUUCUAUGUAUGUUUUGUAUGUAAUAAACUAAAUUUAGCAAAAAUAUGUACGAUGCACAGUACUGACAAUUUGGUAGUCAGUGCCGCAACGUUCAAGGCAUCGAUUGCUAGAUAGAUUUCCUCAAGAGUUUUAUACCAGAUCAUCGUUUUGAUUUUAUACCAGUUCAGAGAUGCUAGAAAAUAGUAUAUAUUGUAGCGAGAAGGAAUUCAAUUGCAGAUGUGCCAAAAAUACUCUUUUAAUUAAGUAAAGCUUGCAAUAGUAAAGUUAAAUCACUCCAAUACAACUAUUGAAACAAGAAAUAAGUUAAAAAUAUAGUUAUUCGCAAACACAUUCUUAUUAAUAUUGUUGUUAUUGUACUGGCAAUUACGUGGUGAAAAAAGUUACGAUUAAUUCAGCUAUAAAGUGUUGAAUUAAAAGCAGCUAAAAGGAAUACGCUACACGCACCACUGCAACUAUAAAAACGUCAAACUGUGGGGUUCAGGAGCAUUUUUUCUUCCUCCUCAAGGAAUGUAUUAUCCGCACGUGGUGCAGGCCGGUGUUGCGCCAUUUCCAGGCGCUCCUACUGGCUACCCAUCAACCGGUGCGCAGGUAGGCGUUGCCAAUCCUGACAAUCUAUCUAUGGGAGUUGCGGCCAUCAAAGCUGACCAGGUGUCACAAAUGAAGACUGAGAGUGGAGCACAGAUCUCAGGAAGUACAAAUGCAGCCACGUCAACUUCUGGUGUGCAGCUUUAUAUGCAACAGAAGAAAACAAAUCUGCCAACGGUGACAUCGCAGUUCAACGGCUGCAAUGUUUCCAUCACAUCACCUUCAACAGUAACGACGACGCCAGAGGUAGUUAUGAAUUCGCCUUUGUUAAGCGGUAUUCCGGCGCAACAGCAUAAUGGCGGACUUGGGAUUGCGCUUAGCAAUGGAUUGUCGCCCGUCCUAAAUGGUUAUGAAAACAAUCACCAACAGAUGCAACAGCAGCAAUUGAAAUUGCUACGUCACCGAUCUAGUAUCCACCACGCGCACCAAAUGCACCAACAACCACAGUCGCAAACGCAGUCACAACCAUCGGCGGCAACGUCGACGCCACCGGCAACAUUGACGAUUACGUCAUCACAACCGCCGUCGCAAAGUAUUGUUCUAUCUUCAGUAUUGAUCCAAAAUGAUCCUGAGCUGAAUGUUACUCAGCAACAAAUGCAACAACAAUGCAAUGCAAAUAGCUCCAGUGGAGGGUCCGGUGGUGGAAACAGCACUAUUACGUCGAUUUCCAACAAUUCUGGAACAGUUGGAUCUACAGUCACAGCCACGACUAGCAACAGUACAAAUAGUUGCAUAAGUAAUCAGAACCAACCUGUAAACGGAAACAAUGUAGCCAGUGGAGCAGUCUCGUCAGGGGACAUAGCCACUACCGCGAAUGGCGCCUCUACAUCCUCACCCACCAUCACACCUGGAAACUCAGAUGAUUUGCUAGGAAGCACCCACCAACAACAGCUUAUUACUGGAAUGGGAGGCAGUCCAGCCGCUGUCGGCACUGCGGCAACCUCUACCACCUCUACUUCAGUUGCUUCCGGAGCACUAGUCUCAACAAGCACUACUGCCAAUGUCGCCACCACUGGUUUGGUACCUACUAUUAUGUCCACCCCACAGAUGGUUCCCGGCUCAGUUGACUCUGGCUCGGUAGUGUCGCCAUUGGUAAGCGGAGCGAGCACUUCUCAGGUCAUCGCCUGCCUCAACGCGGCUGGUGUUGGCACAAGUGGUGGAAUCAUGACCUCUGCCGUUUCAUCGACUCCAGUUGCCACUAGUCUCACUUCGGCCCUAGUUCCAUUAAAUCAACAGCAGCAGCAACAAACUAUUAUUGAUUCUAAAAAUCAACCGAAACGUUUACAUGUUUCGAAUAUUCCAUUUCGAUUCCGUGAUCCUGACCUACGCGCUAUGUUUGGGCAGCAAUUUGGAACGAUAUUAGAUGUGGAAAUCAUUUUCAAUGAACGAGGCAGUAAGGGCUUUGGCUUUGUAACGUUCGCAAAUAGCAACGACGCUGAACGAGCUCGCGAACGUCUUCACGGCACUGUGGUUGAGGGACGUAAAAUCGAGGUGAAUAACGCUACAGCUCGAGUACAAACCAAAAAAGUAACUGCUGUUCCAAAUGUUGUACUGACAAAAGACGGUGCCGUACCGGCCCCAGCUCUAGUGUGUGUUCAAUGGCCAGAAGCCACUGUAGCAGCCGCUGCCGCCAUGCGAGGCGUAGCAAUCCAUCGCGGUCAUAUGGGAGUUGUAGGUGGACCAUUCAACCCCGCUUUGGCCGCUGUUGCUGUAGCCGCACAGCAGCAACAACAUCACCACCAUCAUCAUCAGGCACACCAUCAUCCACAUCAUGCGCAACAAACCGCACACCACCAAUUAGGAUUGCAACAGGCAUUGCAAGUGCAAUCAGCAGGCGGGACCAACCAAGCCCACGCAGUAGCUGCGAUUCAGACCAGCGCUGCUCAACAACAACUGCAUUCAAUAGCUCAUUCAGCGGCCGCUGCAGCCAACACGCCCCAGGUAGCCAACGCCGCUGCUGCUGCUUAUGCUGCACGUUUGGGUGCUACAGGUGCAGCCACUCAAUCGCCAUCCGCUGCAGCUGCUGCAUCCAUAGCCGCCGCGGCAAAUGCAGCAGCUGCAGUCAAUGCGGCUGGUACCGCUUUACACGGAUUCACACCCGUCUACUACGAUCCCUUCCUAGCAGCUGCUGCAGCUUCCGCUGAUCCGAAUCUGCGAUUCCAGGCAGCCAAACCGGUCGCAGAAGUUCCAGCCGCACAGCCAGCAGCCAUAUUAAAUCGCCGCACUGUGACAACGCUAAACAGUUCCCCACAUACGAUCAACCGCAUUCCGGUACCACAAAACGUUUUGGCCACAGCUCCGCUUCUAAAGACUCCACUGUCACAAGCACAGCAGGCGUACGCAACAGCCGCCACCACAUACACAGCGGUGGCCGCUAGGGCGGCAUAUGGCGCUGCAGCCGCCGCUGCACAGCCGGCUUUAGCUGGUUACGCUACUGUUGCUGGAUAUGCAACAAGAGAGUAUGCGGACCCCUAUUUAGGACAUGGUAUCGGACCAGUGCCCGGCUAUGGUGCAACUAUGUAUCGUGGUGGAUUCAAUCGAUUCGCACCUUACUAAUGAGAGAAAUGGACAAUGCAAUGUACCACUGGCUGCUGACUGCAAGUCAACGCAGCUAUACUCAACUUUUGCAAAUCCGGUCACACAAUUUUACACAUAAUGUGGAACUAAAUUAAAGAUUAUUAUAUAAGAAAAAAGGUUUUAUGUUACAUUAAGAAGAAUAUGAAAUCGUCGAAAUGCUCAAGAAAUAUUACAAUUUUUAAUUAGCAACCAAAAAUACUCAUGCAAAGCGUAAAAACAAUGAGAUUAAAUCAAAUAUUCAGUGUAUAACAAAGCAAAUAUAAUAGGAAAAAGAGUUGAAGAUUAGCACAUAUACAUGCAUAUAAGAUAAAGGUAUUGAGCCAAAAAAAUACCAACAAUUUAAAAAUUUAAUAAAGUAGUUGUUAAAUUGAAUGUCGUCCAACCAAUAUUUAAAAAUAUGAUAUAUACGUACAUACAUACAAAUACUAGUAAGUGAGAAAACAUAAGCCAAAAGAUUAAUACAAAGUAAUAUCCAAAAGCAAACAAAAACAGAAUAUCCGGUAUUGGUGAAAUUGUUUAGCCGAUUAUCAUUUAUUUGAUUAGUUGGUGAAUUAUGGACAUCAUAGAAAAUAUUCAUAAAAAUCAAAGUCACUCUUUAAUUUGUGCAUAAAAGCAUGCAUUGCUUUAGUGUAUUCAAAUUAUAAUGAGAAAUGUUUGCAAUUAUGCAGCAUAGAGAUUCAUUAGUUUAUACAUAUAGUACACAUGCGACAUAUGUCAAAUGUAAAUUUACUUAUACUACAACAUCUAAAUUCAUAAAGCAACAUUUUAAAACUAAUUAUAAUAUAUUUAAAGACCAUGAUGAAAUUUUUUUUUACCCGAUUGUACUUCAUAUAAAUCGAAGUAUGACACAUUGUCAUUUAAACUAUUUUCCUUCAUCGCUUACUCAUUCACAUUGGCAGCUUAUUUCCCAGUAAUUGCUUUAUUCAAAUAUCUAUUUGAAUUGGUCAAUAAGCAAAUUUAAUGAUAUAAAAUAAUCGACACUUAAACAUAUCCUAAUUAGAAAAGAGAUAAUUUCAAUAUUUCUAAAAAAUGAAAACUUUCUCUCUUAAAUAUACAUAUAUUCAAAGUCUUGAAUAUUAUUGCAAAAAAGUGUUGUAUUUACUUGUGAUAAAAAUACAAAGAAGUGAAUAUCCGAAAAUCACUUCCAUUAUAAUUUAGUUUUCCAAACAACUGUACUCAAAAUAUGUACUCCGAUAUGCAAUCAAAUACCUUCCUGAAACAAUUUAAAAAUCGCCCAUGAUGGAGUUGUUAAAAAGUAUUUGCUCAAGAAAUAACGACUUAAGUAAAAAUUUAUAUAAUGUUAUUUAAAUGUUCACGAAUGCAGCUAUGAUAUCACAAAUUUUGAGAGAUCAAUUAUAUUUCUUGUUUUUAAAUUUAUAAAAUAGCGUUCUGAAAAAAUUGAACCAAAUUAUUGUAUGCAUUGUAUGUAUUUUAAUAAGUGUGUUUGUGCUUUGCUUUCGCACCAUUUAAAUAAAUAUCCGAACUCUUCCGAUACAUCGCUGAAGGACACUCAAAGUGAAUCAAAUUUGCUCAAAUUAUUUUCAUACAAAAUAUAUAAACGACAUAUAGUAUACCCUAUUGUAUCCCUUAGAUUUGACUUGGGAUAUUAACAUGUCAAAGUAGCGUUUAUGUAAGUAUAUAAUCCGUUGUAUACAAUUUUUUUUUUUGACAUGCAGUCAUCAUAUCAGGCUGUAAAUGUGAUGUUUUUGGCACACAAAAUGGUUUUAAAAGGUCAAAUUGAAACGAAAAAACAAACAGAUUAAAAGCACAAGUAGGAUCAAAAUAUACGCAUAAAAAACUUCUCUGCAAUUUUUUUUAAUUAUAAAGUGAAAGAAUACAUGCAUCAAUAUAUUAUAUGAGUAAGAAAUUUGUACAAGUAUAUUUUAAGAGUUGAACAAUUUAAAUGACCAAAAAUAAAAUUUAGAAGUAUCUAAAAGUAUUUAUGAAUCACGCAAAAAUUCGCGCAAAUUAUUAGUAUUAAGUGAUUUUUAUGGAUUAUUAUGAAUGGCGAUACACAUGUAACACUAUUUACACACACACAUCAUCUGAACAAAUAUCUAGAUAAACCAGUUUGCAACAACGUUUAUUAAGUAACGCCAAGUUACAAAAAAAAAAAAACUAAGAUCCAUAAACGUAAAAAUAUCAUUGAAAUUAUUUUUACUAUGAAUAUUUUAUUUUAUUUUUAUAAAUUAUUUUACUUGAAGCCAAAGUCUAAUAUUUUAGUUAAACCUUCUAUAUGAUUAGUUUGUAGUGUGGUUACUUUAGUAUUUAUUUUAAAAUGUUUUAAAAUUGAAUAAUGAAUUUUCAAAUUCACAUUAUCAGCGAAUGCAAUGCAAUCGAAAAAUUCUAAUUUCAAUUCACAAAUUUGUUCCAUAUUUAAAUAGUAAUUGAAAUAUAAUAUAUAUAUAAUCGCAAGAUUUAUGUUGCAAAAUGCUACAUAUACAUACAUACAUAUGUCUGUAUAUGAAUGCAUUAAAAGUUAAAUCAAAUCCAUUUAUUGCCAAAUAAAUAGCUUUUAAUUGAAAACAUUAAGUAAACAAAGAUGAAAAAAUGAGAAUCUGAGAAGUCCCAAUAGCAAUCAAUUUAAAAAUUAUACUUAAAAAAUCAAAUCUUUGCAAUUUUUUUACGUGUGCACAUUGGUAAUUAUAUCAAUAGGCGUUCGAAACGUUUGCUCUGCACAGUAACUUAAAAGCUUAAAUUUUAAUGUUUUGUCAUUUGGACCUUUAAAUGUUAUAAAUAUAAUUUUUUAUUUAAAACUGUUAUACGGGGCUAGGAAUAUUUAUCUAUGAGCAUUCUCGUCAUUAUUUGUAAGAUUUUUCACCAUCACAAUCGACUCAAUCUUUAUGCAAUUAUUUUUUUCAAGAAUUAUUAGUAACACGCAAUUUGAAUAAUAUUGCAGAAUUCUGUUGAAAAGUUGCACAUCACCGUUUUAAAACAAUAUUAAGCAAAUUGAAACCUCUAACUAGCUCUAAGACAAUUUUUAAGUAUCUAAGCAAGUAUUGAUUGCAAUACAUACUGUUUUAAAAUACAAAUACACAAAUUCAAGUUAUGAGUGAAACAUCAUGAAAAUAAAAAAGCUCGAAAUUAUUAUAAGAAGAUCGUAUGAAAAUAAAAGUAAAUAUAAUACUCACGUAGGCAUACCAUUAGAAGUUAAUACAAAAAAUGUUGAUUUCAAGUGAUUUUAAUUGAUAAUAAUUAUAUCGAAUCACGAAGGUAAAUAUUUUGUAGUAAAAAGUGCAAAAUCAUGCUGUAAAAUUAUUAAAGAGAACAUCGUCUAAAACAAUACGAUGAACGAGUAUAUGAAUUAUAGUAUAGAAUUGUGGAAAUUACUUAAAUGUUAGAUCAAAAAACAAAUGUGCUGAAUUAAGAAUGUUUGUUCAACAUUUUAUUAAAAUAGUAAAUUACGAUUGCAAGCAUAUUCAAAAUAUGGAAAAUGAAUAAUAAUAAAUUUAGAGCGUAAAAUGUGCCAAAUUGUAUAAAAUGUUAUAAUAUAUUGUACUUCUUCAUAUCUAUUGUGUCCCUAUAGCUGUAUUAAUCGGCUGAAAAACAUUGAAAGGGCAAUUUAACAUUUGCAAUUACUCCACUAUUGUCAGAAUGUAUUCGAAAGUAAAUUAGAUUUCUUUUAAUAAGUUCUUAUAAUUUUCAUAUAUACUCUUAUUAAACUUAUUUCAAGCAUAUGAAAAACGCAUAUAUAUAUUAUUUGAAUUAAAAUAACACAUUCUUGAUUUAAAGUACUAAAGACUCUUCUGUAAGCAAUCAAGUGCUCAUAAGGAUGAGACUCGGACAACACAAAAUUAAUUUGCAACCAAAUGAAAAACUCUUAAAAACCAUUUUUAAUAAUGUUUGCAUAUAAUGGCACAAUAACUAAUUUUGUUCCCAUUUGCUAUUGGUCCUAUAUAAUCCAUCAUUUUUCAAUUUGUAAGGUUGUGAACUGUGAAAUUUUUCAAAGCAAAGACACAAAUAAAUAAAUAAAUGAAGUGAAAAAUGAAAGCAUAUCUCUGAAUAAAAAGGAAAAUUAAUCGAGAGUAACGA